AAGGCUGGGGGAGGGGGCGGGCGUCUCCACCUCCAGCCGUUGCCCGGAGUUUCCGGUGUGAGGCCUGAGCCGGUAUCCCUACGCUGUGAUCCUUGUUUGGGGGAGGGGAGGAGGCAGUCGGAAGCAGAGAAAGAAGAGAGAUCGACUGAGGCGGCGCUGGGAAAGGAGAGCGGGGACAGAACGGGAUCGCAGCCUGCCUGCCUCACAGGCCCGGGAGGGGCGCGCGGUCGGUUCAGACUCGAGCAUCCUUCACCACGAUGAAGAAUCGGGACAAAGAGGGGGGUGCUUCGAAGCUGCCAGCCAGCCCUUCCAAAGCAAAAGCCCGGGCAGGGCCCCAAGAAGCCGGUGCAUCCCAGACUUCGAAGCCCGAGGAUGCCCAGGAGCCCAGGAGCCCGCGUGCGUCUGGGGACCCCGCUCCCAAAGCAGACGGAAAUGCAGAAGGUGCCCCCGGCCAGGCCCAGGAGAAGAACGAAGGGGGGCAAACCAAGAAUUCUCAGUCGGGGUCUGUUUGUGACGUCUCAGAGGAGCUGAGUCGGCAGCUGGAAGACAUACUGAAUACCUACUGUGUUGAUAGCAGUCAGGAGGGACCAGGUGAUGACGGGGGCCAGAAUGAACACACAGAGCCAGAUGAGGUAGAGAAGAGCAGGAAUUACGCUGCACGGAAUGGAGAACCAGAACCGGGGACCCCUGAGGUCAAUGGAGUGAAGGAAAUCACCAAGGGAGAGCCAGGUGUCGAAGAGAUCCGGGCAAAUGAUGAGAGUGGGGACCGAGACCAGAAGCGGGCCCAGGAAAAGAAGAAGGCCAAAGGCCUGGGGAAGGAGAUCACUUUGCUGAUGCAGACGCUGAACACCCUUAGCACCCCAGAGGAAAAGUUGGCUGCACUAUGCAAGAAAUAUGCUGAGCUGCUGGAGGAGCAUCGGAAUUCCCAGAAACAGAUGCGAGUCCUGCAGAAGAAGCAGAGCCAGCUGGUGCAGGAGAAGGACCACUUGAGGAGUGAGCACAGCCGGGCUGUCCUGGCCCGCAGCAAGCUGGAGAGCCUGUGUCGGGAGCUUCAGAGGCACAACCGGACCCUCAAGGAAGAAGGCGUCCAGCGAGCACGAGAGGAAGAGGAGAAGAGGAAGGAGGUGACAUCCCACUUCCAGGUGACCCUGAAUGACAUCCAGCUGCAGAUGGAGCAGCAUAAUGAGCGCAACUCCAAGCUGCGCCAGGAGAACAUGGAGCUGGCAGAGCGACUAAAGAAGCUUAUCGAGCAGUAUGAGCUGCGGGAAGAGCACAUUGACAAGGUCUUCAAACACAAGGAUCUGCAGCAGCAGUUGGUGGAUGCCAAGCUCCUGCAGGCCCAGGAGAUGCUGAAGGAGGCUGAGGACAGGCACCAGCGAGAGAAAGACUUUUUACUGAAGGAAGCAGUGGAGUCCCAGCGUGUGUGUGAGCUGAUGAAGCAGCAGGAGGCCCACCUGAAGCAGCAGCUUGCACUGUACACGGAGAAGUUUGAGGAGUUCCAGAACACUCUGUCCAAGAGCAGCGAGGUGUUCACAACAUUUAAGCAGGAAAUGGAAAAGAUGACCAAAAAGAUCAAGAAGCUGGAGAAAGAGACCACCAUGUACCGGUCCCGGUGGGAGAGCAGCAAUAAGGCGCUGUUGGAGAUGGCUGAGGAGAAAACUCUUCGAGACAAGGAACUAGAAGGCCUGCAGGUGAAGAUCCAGCGGCUUGAGAAGCUUUGUCGGGCCCUGCAGAGCGAACGCAAUGACCUGAACAAGAAGGUGCAGGACCUGAGUGCCCAUCCCCCACCGGGUGAAGCAGACUCGCCAGAGUCCCCCAGAGGCCCACGGAGGGACGACGGUGCCGAGCCGCCAGUCGAAGGCCUGAGCCCUGAGGGCCCCCAGCCUCUAGAGGCUGCCCCCCAGGGCCUAGAACUGAGCCCGGGUGUUUCAGGCCAGACGGAGACUGAUGAAGCCACCCCUUCUGCAGACUAGAGAGACCCCGGUGGAAGGAAGACCAGGAAUGCCAGGAGGGGGCUAGUGAAUGUUACAGGCCCAGCUGCUGUGUCCCCUCUCAGCUUAGGGGCUGCCAUGGGGAUGAGCAGGGGCCCAUCAGGCAUUUGACACUUUCCGACUUAGGUUCUUGAAGAUGAUUUUUAUAUAUAUAUGGCAUAUAAAAGUGUGUGCCACGCCCCAUGCUUUUAUAUACAUACAUGUAUAAAACAGGCGCUUGCUUUCCCAUGCUGCGGUGCAUGGGGAGAGACACGUGACUAACAGUGCUCCGAGGGCAUUAGCGGGGCGGGGGAGGGGGGGGGGGGGGGGGGCCUUGUCUCCUGCCGCUGCUCACAGGGCGGGUUAUUGGGCUGUUCCUCUCCCUCCCAGCCCCAGGGGGCCGGAGCUUCACUUGUGUCCCAGUGCACACGCGCACAUGCAUUCUCAUGCAUUUUGGAUGAGAGUUUCGGGCUUGCUGUGGCUCAGCCCUCCCUCAGUACCGAGAGUGUCUCUGCCCCUCUUGCUCUGCCCAGCAGGGAUCCAGAGCCAGCGUUCUAGUGUUUUCCAGUGGAGAGAGACUAGAGUGAGGAGCCCAUUUAUUUCAAGCCCCACACAGUGGGAGCCUCUUGAGCUUUCCGGUCGUGCCCAGACUAGAUGAGGAGUCCCAGUAGCCUUAUGAUUCACAGUUGCCUCUCCCUCCAGCACAAGUGGAUUGAAAAGAGGUCGUCCGAAGGGUUGUUUCAGAAGGUGGUUUGGGGUUGUUGGGUUUGGGGGGGUUUGCACAAAAGUAUGUUAUUGUUGAGGUAGGAGAACAAUUAGCAAUAGACUGUCUCCUUUAUCUUUGUAUCUGCAGUCACUCUCUCUCCUGCCCCAGCUUUGGGCCUCUAGCUGAGUCGGUGCAGUAGAUACGUGUUCCUCAUGAGAGAGGUUGAUGCUUCCCUUUAGUGUUGCCCAGGACGUGUGCUUAAUCACUACAAGGACUGUAGGACCCUGAGGGCUGCCUCUUGUUCCCAUAGCAGCUCAGCCACCCACCCCCACCCAUUCCCAUGGUGGCCUCAGAAUGACCCACAGCCACCCCCUGGCAUUGCUCCAGUGGAGCCACUCGUAGGACUCCCACUCUACCCACGAACACUGUUCUUGGUGAGUAGAGGUCUAAGGAUGGCCUCCUGGACUUCCAGAGAGUCUGUGGGCUCAGGGCUCUGGCUACACAUCAGGCUCUACGCUGGCCAAGGCCAGAGGGCACAAAAUUUCUCCCCAAAUUGGUCCCUUCCUGGAAGGAGCCAGAAAUCUAUAGCUGGAGAGCCGUCUUCUCUCUAAGGAGCCUGGUGACGGAGUUUGUCGUUCCCUGCCUUUGGGCGGCACCCUUGAGGCACUACCAGUCGUGCCUCCUGCAGUACAGAGCGAUUUCCCAGGAUCAGCCAAGCCCCGGCUGCUGGACAGGGUGCCUCGGGGACCUCUCUUCCAGCUUAGCUUUUGGACUCAGUGGGACCAAAGGAGCUACAAAACCUGCAGGGUAUAGUAGCCGAGUAGGGGCUCGCUCAGAGGUCCUCAGCCAUUCUUGUCUCCUACCAUCCAGCCCCUCCUGGCCCUUCCCUGGCUUUUCUCUGUGCCACCGAGUCCUGUGCACAGGCUAAGCCUAAAUGAUGUUCUCACAGACCUUGUUCUCCUGUGUCACAGUCUUCCCUGCCCCUUGUGCUCCUGGGUGGCUCUGGAUUGAAUCUUCUCCUGACACUGCGAACCCUAGGCAGGGACCAGAGUAGCAUCCAGCUGAUAUCUUUUGUCUUUGCAGGCCGCACCUGAAGGUGAGGGAGUGAGCCAGUUGUCAGGGCCUCAGCAGCUGGAGGUGGGACAGGGUGUGAGUGGCUGCAUGUCUGCCCCAAAAGGGACCUAUUCGAGACCCCAACCAGCACUUGGUUUCAUUUGCAUUUCCCCACUUCUGGGGUAGAAGAGAAGGGUCUGCAUUGCUCUUGGCCCUUUAUUUUUCAGUCUUCCACGGUGCCCCUUUUUUCUCUGCCCUUCACCUCUCAGUGAGUGCUAGCCCAGAGCUGCUGCCCAAGGCCGUGCUGGGCCUUCUGGGUAGUCGUAGUUUGGACUUCUCUCUGCAUAAAAAGGGCAUGGAUGGCACUCAUUGCCCAACUCACUUCAGCUACCUCUAAGCUGCUGUAGGCCUGGGGCUACAGAGCAGCCUCCAGCCCUCAAUGUUGGAGCCCUUUGCUGGGAAAUGAGCAAAUGGUGAGCCCAGAUACCUCAUCUGGUCACAGACUGUGAUGCCUCCAUUCAACACCUAGUAAACCAUGUUUCAAGGAUGCAGUUAGUGCUGGGUCUGCUCCCCCAGGCAACAGCAGCCACCACAUGAGGGCUUCCUUUCCCUCCUUGGCUCCUUAAUUCUUAGCCUUUUACCCACUUGUGACCAAAUCUCAGAAUUCACCACACCCGUCACUGGCUGCCCUCCAAAGGGAGCUGGUCCAGGUUUCUGCUCCUUCCCUUUAGCUUCUUAAAAUGGUUGCUUAGCCCUGGGCAGGCAAGGGGCUGCUGGGUUGUACAUGGAGCCUGGGCAGGUCCCAGUGGGUGAGGUAAUCCAAAAGGUGUGUCCAGAAGGAGUACUGUACUUGGGCCCACAAAGCUCUGGAGCUGGUGACUUUUGUUUCAGGGAUUCAGCUCUAUGCUUACUUAAUUUGCUUUAGCCUGGGACCCUUGUGCCAAGAACUCGUCCAGCCCAGUGGGGCAUAGGCACAGAGCAUGUGAUCACAUGUGUGCGGCAUUCUGGAGUUGAUUCUCCAUGGGUCAAAUUUGGGCAUUUUCUGUGAGGGACCAACCCAGAAUGGCUUGGCUCGGGGUUGUGGAACACCCCCUGAGGUUGCCAGUGGCACAGCAGGGUAGACAGGGUUGGGGGUGGGGGGAGAGUAAGGGGACAGCUUCCUGCCUGUUGGACCCUCCAGGCAGCCUGACCCCAUGGAGGUUGGAAGCUGUAUGCUAACAGCUGUCUUUUUCCUUUUCUCAACAGACUGGGGUGGGGGUGAUUUUGAUGUAUUUUUAACCACAUUAAAUAGUCUGUUGCCUUAACUUGAUCCUGCCUACUGUGAUGUAGAAUCUGAUUGAUUCAGGGGCCAACCAGGUGAUUUCAAACCACACCCUUUUCUCCCUCAGCCUUCCCCACAAAUAAUGACAGAUUCAAAGUUGUCCGUGGCCAGUCCUAAUCCUAGUCCUACCUUAGUGGACUUGAUAAAAUGGCACAUGGUUCAGAGAGACAGUGAAACCAGGGACAUGAUGGGAGAAGUGAGCUCUGAGGCCCAAGGUUGUAACUGGGCAGGUGUUUGGGGAAGGGUCCUGAACAGGUCCCUUCUGAAUUGGACUUUUCCAGUAUUCAACAGGCAAAGGACAUUCUUGGCCUAGGGAGCAGGUGAAAGCAAAGGCCCAAGGGCAAGACUGCGCAGGAUGUGUUUCUGGAACAGAGUCCAGUUCAGGGAGGGUGUGCAGAAUGUGACCCAGAGAGAGAGAGAAAUCAUGCAAGAUUUAUAUAGGACCGUAGGCCCAGAAAUGAAGUAACUUAGCCAUUGUGAAAUGCCAGUACAAGGCCUGUGCUCUGUGCUCUUCUGUAUCCCUUUAGGCCUUUCUGUUUACAUACUUUACUGGAAUGGCCGAUGUGGCAUGUGACUAAUGGGUGCUGGCCCGGCCCUGAGCUUGCUGCUGUUGAGGCAUGACCUUGCACAGCCCUGCCUUCUGAACGGUGCGGCAGUUCCUGAGACAGACUGCAGUAGAACUGGAUGAAGAGGGCUGGCAGGCUGUGCUCCUGAGGCCCAGUGAGGCCCUGCCUAUCCAGCGCUUGAGGCUGUGGGAAGUGGAAGUCAGAAGGCCUGGACCUACGUUCCUGCUCAGCCUCGUGACCUAGAGCACAGCAUUUCCUCCCCAUGGGCCAGUUUCUUUACUUACAGAAUGAGAAUAACUGUAUGAGGACCAUUUGUGCAAUUAAAGGCAGACUGCUGCAAGGCCCAAGGC